UCCUGUAUGAUAACAUGUCACACACCCCACUCGGAAACAAACACCUCAACACUCCAUUUCCAUGGCCUUAUCUUCUCACACUGCACACACAAUCCUCACCACACACUCAUCACUCCCCAAACUCCUCCAUUCUCAAUCCUCACUCACCGCCUUCUCUUUCCCUGCAACCAAACCCACCACCCACAACCUCUCCACCACCUCCUCUCCUGAUAAAUGGAGAACCCAUGUUUCUUUCUUUCCCACUUUCUUGAAAAAGCCCAAAGAUGCCAAACCCAUUAAAGAAGAGCUUCUUGAGGCCAUCGAGCCGCUCGAUCGCGGUGCCGAUGCCACUCCUGAAGACCAACAAAGAAUUGAUCAGAUUGCUCGCAAACUUGAAGCAGUGAAUCCAACAAAAGAGCCCCUCAAAUCUAACUUACUGGAUGGAAAAUGGGAACUUAUAUACACAACUUCAAGCUCAAUUUUGCAGACACAGAGACCAAAAAUUCUUAGAUCAAGAACAAAUUACCAAGCAAUCAACGUGGACACACUUAGGGCCCAGAAUAUGGAAUCGUGGCCGUUCUUCAACCAGGUAACAGCAGAUCUAACUCCUUUGAAUGCAAAAAAGGUGGCUGUGAAAUUUGACUUCUUCAAAAUUGCAGGCUUGAUUCCUAUUAAAGCACCUGGAAGAGCACGAGGUGAACUGGAAAUAACUUAUUUGGAUGAAGAGUUGCGGGUAUCAAGAGGUGACAAAGGGAACUUAUUCAUCUUGAAAAUGAUUGAUCCAUCUUACCGAGUUCCCGUCUGAAUUUGGAAUAACAUUGCAGCACUUCAAGCGUCUGGAAGGGAUGAUGGAUCAACUUCCCAACUUCUGCUCAAGCACUUUGGCUCACAUGUACUAUAUAAGAACUACAUACUAUGACACAAAGUUCUUUUUUGAUAGACAACAUUAGAUAAUGGGGUUUGAACUCUAUUUUCUCCUGUGGAGUUAAUUCCAAGUUAUUACUGUGUAAAGAAUAGGGUAAUGGUAUAAGUUGCAUUAAUUGCAGUCACAUUUUUAUAUUGUAAUAAGAAUUAUAAAAAAAUUGUUUUUCAUGUUAAA